AUCUCCUGUGAUGUAUACAGUCCUCACCAGAAGUCUGCACGUUGGAUGAAAGGCGUCCCUUUCUGCCACUUCCCCCUAUGCAAAAAUAUCUCAAGGAGGCAGCACGGCUCCAACCGGAUGGGGUUUGCAUUGGCUGACAGCUGUUUCCAGCGCAGGACGACCAAUGAGACCGAGGCACGGGCUCCGCGUAUAACAGCGAAGAUUGACGCGUCAAAUUAAUUCCAGCAAACUCCCGGACUCCCCGGGACAACUUCAAUUUGCUUUUAUCGGAUGAAGAUCACUUCGGCGCCGCUGUGUACCUCUCACUUGCUUUCAAAAAGAAAACCAGAAGGGGGCUUCGCUGCAGUGGGAAGAGAUUUCUGGAGGUCUCGUGUUCCUCCUCUGGGGCUCACACCACAAGUUCCCCUUCCUUCUCCGCCGUCUCUCGGACGCAUUCAGCCAUUUGAAGGGGCACCUACAUUCCCCCAGCAUCUCGAAACAUAUUGGCAAAUGGAGCAAACCUAUGGUGAGGUGAACCAGUUGGGCGGCGUGUUCGUCAAUGGACGACCCCUGCCCAACGCCAUACGGUUGAGAAUCGUGGAGCUGGCUCAGCUCGGGAUCAGGCCCUGCGACAUCAGCAGGCAGCUCCGAGUCUCGCACGGCUGCGUGAGCAAGAUCUUGGCGAGAUACAACGAGACGGGCUCCAUCUUGCCCGGUGCCAUCGGCGGGAGCAAACCGCGGGUCACGACGCCUAACGUGGUGAAGAAUAUCAGGGAAUACAAACAAAACGACCCCGGGAUCUUUGCGUGGGAGAUCCGGGACAGGCUUUUGGCGGACGGAGUUUGUGACAAGUACAAUGUCCCGUCGGUGAGUUCGAUCAGCAGGAUUUUACGCAACAAGAUUGGGAAUCUCUCACAGCCCAACCAGUACGAGGGCGGCAAGCAAGCGUCCGCGCAGGCUGGCCUCUCGUACAACCACAUAUACCCUUAUUCCUACCCCAACACCAUGUCGCCAAAGAUGAGCGGCCCUGCUGGAGUACCGGUGACGGCCGGGCAUAUGAGCUUAUCGAGGGCCUGGCCUUCUGCGCACACCGUCAGCAACAUCCUCGGCAUACGAGCCUUCAUGGAUUCCACAGCCAUGGCUGGGGCGGAGGGAUAUCCACCGAAAAUGGAGGAGUGGAACAGAGCAGCUUUCCCAGCAGCUCACACGGUCAACGGGAUCGACAAAUCCGCCAUUGACGCCGACAUAAAAUACGCUCAGCCUUCCUCUGCGUUGUCCGGUUAUGUGUCGGCGUGUGCCUACUCUCCCACCAACCAGUACGGGGUGUACAGCGGGUCGACGGGCGGCUAUGUGGCCGCCGGACACCACCACUGGCAGCAGCAGAGCCAGGCCCUAUCCCACCCGGGCGGCGGGAUGGGCAUGCACGCGGGGGAGAUCCACUCAUCCAUGGCCUUCAAGCACCACCAUGCCCGAGAAGGAGACAGAAAGCCGUCCAGUCCGCUGAGCAAGCAGCAGCAGCAGCAGCAGCAGCAGCAGCAGCAGCAGCAGCAACAACAACAACAACAGCAGCAGCAGCAACAUGGAGACAUGAACAGUGUGCACGGACUCAGUCUCCCUACCUCAUCAUCAUAACUGGGACUUACACCACCUUAAUUACCAGACCCUUUUAAAUGAACUCAUUUCAACAAUCUCCAACAGUAAGUCUGAACUCUAUACUGCCCCCCCACCCCACCCCACCCCUGGGUGCUGUAACUCACAGUCAAACACAGGCCCAUUCACAUGCAUUAUGAAUACAGUAUAGUGUAGCUUUAUCGGCCUUCGUGGCCUUAUGAAUGUAAGCUUGCAUGGAUGUAUCGGUGUCUCCCCUCAUUGGUUGAUAGUUUUCUCUCCCUCCAUUGAAUUACUUCAUGUUUUCUAGACUCUAUAUUCUCUUUUGGAGAUUAAAAAAAUUACACGUCUCGCCCUUUCAGUCUGUCAACGAUGUUUUUUUUUAUAAAACCACGGGCUGUUCUGUAAGCCGCCAUUCUAUUUAACAUGUGGCCAUGGUCUCGAUCCUACAGUGACUCAACGAUGUGAACAAAUAACUAAAUUGUGUAAAUGUAAAAUAUUUGCCAAAGCUUUAAUUAUAUAUUUUUAUAAUUCCAUUGUAAAUAUAGAAAAAAAUAAAAAAUAAAGGCUUUCUUUAAAUGCCA